AUGCCUACAAUUCGUGGCUCUCUUCAGCUGAGACGCACUGAAAUGGGUCUCGCCUGCUGGGACAAGGCUGGCCAAUUACGAUGCUCCUUUGUUCCAGGCGGUUGGUUCGCAUUAAAUGCGGGAGUUCGCACCAAGCCCAAUGUCCACGCACGCCGAAGUGGUGUGCAGCAUGACAGUGUCCAGGGCUGCCCUCAAGGCUGUCCAAUGUCGGUGCUGCUCUGCGCUGGCCCUGUUAUUUUCGGGUCCAGCUCGACUCACACUCCCCAAACACGGACAAACCCUUCCGACACAUUCGUGUCGGAUUCUGCUGUGUCUUUGGAGUUUCAGCUGCCACCCGGAGCAUAUUUCCUGCAUCUGACACACCUCAAUCGUUUCCCGCCUGAAGCGUUCAGCCAUUACCCGCAAGCCCAAUUCUCUCAGCUGCUGGAUCUGCACAGUACCAACAACGCAAUGUCUGACAGCCUUACAACACUUGUGCCACCCGCUGCGAUACCUGGAGGCGCUUAUACGCCGGUCCUGGAGUACCAGACUCGUCUGACAGAACUCCAUGGAGAUCUUGGAGUCGCCAGCUCCCCGCUCUCCUGUUCCCUGCACAAGGUCGACUUACUUCGAGGCGAGUUUGGUGCUGGCCUCGGCCUGAUCAACCCAGACGGAACAAAGAGUCGCAGCAGGCUUGUCGAGUACGACGCCCUCUCCUAUACAUGGGGUGACGGAGGGAACACUCAUCAUCUUCAAUGCCAUGGCGCGGAUCUGUCAAUCACAAAGAAUCUGUGCCAGGCACUCUUGGAACUCCGCUACAGCGGCAGCACGCCACGGUGGCUCUGGGUUGAUGCCAUCUGUAUCAAUCAGGAGGACGAUAACGACAAGGCCAUACAGAUUCGCAACAUGCUUUUCAUCUAUAAGCAGGCCUCGAAGGUUGUCGCGUGGCUGGGCGCGGAUCUUGUCCACGCUCAAGUCCUGCCGGACUUGGCUACCAUCGGUGGAAAGCGCUCAGUUGGCCAACACAGUCGGUUGGCAAUCCCCACGGCGCCAGAACCAAGGCCUCUCCCUCACACUCUGGACACAAUCUCUCAAGCUCUGACGGAAGUAUAUCGACAUCCGUACUUUCAGAGAAUCUGGGUUCAACAAGAGGUGUUUGCGGCCAGUGUGUUGCGCGUCCGGUGCGCUGGCGUUGAGUUCGAUUGGUCAGGGAUACUUGCUGAGCCGAUGGCGCUCGUGGACAAUUUUGUCCUCCCUAAAUACGGAGAACUGGCCUUUCUGGAGAAAGAGCAAGCCAAACAGUUCUGUAAGAAGCAUGGGAUAACAUGGACACUCAUGAGCUACAUCCUAGCGCAAGGCCCGGAUGGGCAGGGCUAUGCUGAUGGACUGAGGGAUGGCAUACGCCGAACCCUGGAAAACAAAAAGAAACGGAAGGUCGCGCAAAGGACUAUCGAAGACCAGCAUGUAAUUGAUCAGCUGCAGCUGAUAUCCGCGCUCACACGGCUACAGCAGAAGCACACUGGCUGUUUCCAACAAAUCAGGGACAGCGCGAUGGACGAACGACCCAUCGAGCUGAUCGAUGCCCUCCUCCUCACCGGCGGACUGCAGGCAAAGAUGGCCCACGAUCGCGUCUAUGGGCUUCUCUCCAUGACGAACUUCCCCAGCCGCGUCAUGACAUUGCAGGAAUGGCUCCGGAAUCCACCAACCUCCCCGCUUGUUAUGCCCGUUGACGUAACGCUCGACGGUCAUACAGUCCAGAUACUGGUCACGAAGAUUCUCCUCAUGGAAGGAGGUAUUGUUCUCCUUGAGAAGUUCAAGAUCAUGGCAGAGGGAACUGAUGAUGACUCCGAGGCUCUGGUCUCGCCCCCGGAAGCCACCUCAUCAGCCACAGCAUUGCCAUCCUGGGUCGUGGACUGGCAACUUGCAAGCAGAUUUUUUGACCGAGAGAUAGCAGACAAAUCACCCAAUACGGCAUACGGGCUCCAUCUAAUGCAUGGUUUGCAAGGACUCCACGAUGCAUGGAACACAAUCAUUCCGGAGCGCUAUGAAAUUGACCGCCGGAAAGGGAAGCGACGUGGUCGCCAAAGCCGACCCCUCGAGAACCUCUCGGCUCAAGAGUGGUGA